AUGGAGGCCGCUCCCCAGGUCAGAUCGGGCCUCCUCAAGACUCUGCUGCAGGUUGGAAAGCUCUCCGCUAUGCUGAUCCAGAACCGCACCCACCUGUAUCAUUUCCUGUUGUUGAAGAUUGCCAUCUUUCAGCACUGGGUGUCGGGGCUGGCCCAGGAGGCCCGGGGCUCUGGCAGUGAGCAGGCCCACCCACCUCUAGGAGUAAUCAUAAUCUGCCCUAUGGGCUUGGCCCUGCGGGCUUGGCUGGCAGUGCUAUGGGCCCCCCUGUGGGUGUUGCUCUGGGUACCUCGGCUGGCAUACACAACUGGGCUAUGCUGCACCCGCACGGUGAGAUUGGCCCUGCAGCGUCUAGGUGCCUGCGAGCCCCUGGGUUUGUCUGUGGCCACUUGCAGGGACCUGUUUGUGUCCUGUCUGCAUAGCCUGAUGCUGGUGAUCCUGCUGUUGUUUCUGUUGACCUGGAGGCUGAUACAGAAAGCCCACUGCUUCAGUCUGGACUGGCUACCCAGCCAGAAUUCUGCCGUACCAGUACCAGAAGCCCUGGCCUUGAUGAGACGUCUGUACUUGUGGGUGGAGCACACAACUAUGCUGACCUCCUGGAACCUGGCCUAUCUGGUCACCUGGACCACCUGCCUUGCAUCUCACCUCUUGCAGGCUGCCUUUGAGCACACAGCUCAGCUGGCCCAGGCCCAGGAGGCCAAACUCCAGGAGAUCUCUGGGCCCUCUCCUCCCUCCUCAUUUCCGGGGUCGUCCACCACUGAGGCUGGGCGCUUCCCAUCCCAACCUGGAACCCCUGGAGAAUAAAUAUG